AUGGCCCAACACGGGUUUGGCCACUUCGCUACCGCCCCUAACGGUGGCAAUAUCGACCCCAAUGACCUCGCCAUGAAUGGCGGAUACUCUCCAUCCUUCGCCAAUGCCAACAACUUCAACUCUGCCUCCAGUAACGCCCCGAACGGUUACUCCAGCGGCAACGCAGUCUUUGGCGACGAUGAACUGUUAGAUGGCCUUGCCAGUCCUUCCGACGGCCAGGCAGGCAUGCAUGGUCAAAGCCAAGAUUACAGCAAUAUGAACAUGGCCUUCAGCCAAAACGCUUUCCAGUCGCACAGAGGCUCCGGCUUACAGAUCGACCCUGCUCAAAUGAACGGCUACUCGCAGACACCGGACGGUGACCCCAUCCAGAGCCCAUAUGCUACGGGCUUCACAGCUCAAUUCCGUCAGAUGCAGAACAACCACUCCCUUGGUGGCUCAUUACAUUCUCCCAUGUCCUACACGGGCUCGCCGCUGGCUGCAGGCGAGAUGGGUGCUGACGGAAAUGACCCCAAUUUUCUCAAGGCCAGAGCCAGAAUGUCCCAGCAGAUGCAACGCAAAGCCUCGAGCAACCGCAGCCCAAUGACGCCCAAGACCAAUAGCAUUCACGGUAUUCCCAUCGGCUCCCAGGAUUCGCCCGGAUUUGGCCCACAAGCCAUGCGGCCAUCGGGCAGCCAUGAGAAGUCGCCAUCAGGACAAUGGGUCAACACUCCCGCUGGCAGCAUCCCUGCCUCAUAUAAUUCCGGCUUCUCUUCACCUAUGCAGCAGGGGAUGGUGCCCAUAAAUGAGGUCAUGCUCAAGGGAGGCACGUCGAUGCCAACCAAGCUAGGUGUGAACCCCAAUGCUGUCUCCUCCCAGGAGAUGAAGCGAAAGCGCCGUCGAGAGUCUCAUAAUCUCGUUGAGCGUCGCCGCCGAGACAACAUCAACGAAAGAAUUCAGGAUCUUAGCAAGCUUGUUCCCGCUCACCGCCUCGAAGAUGAGAAGAUCCGCAAGUUAAUCCAAAAUGGUACACCCUUGUCUCCCACUUUGACUGGCAUGUCCAACCCUUCCCAGGCCACUUCGGGCUUGGCUGGUCCUGGUGCACGACGUGCUGCUGGUAGCAAUGCCGGCAACAUCACCACUGGUCUGCCUAUUGAGGAGAAGGACAAGGGUCCCAACAAGGGCGACAUUCUCAACGGCGCCGUCAGCUGGACACGCGACCUGAUGUGGAUGUUGCACCUCAAACUGCAACAGCAAGAGGAACUCAUGAACCAGAUCGCGGAGCUGGGCGGUCAUUUUCCCUUCGAGCUGACGGAUGAUGAGAGACGUAUGCAGACUGAGCUGAUGGAGGCCAUCUCCAGGAGCGAUGCAGCCACCUUUUCUUAUUCACGAACUGCUGGCUCUGGCCUCCGGGUGCCUAGCCACACUGACUAUCGUGGUGACCCUGUAAAUAGCCUGGCCGCCAACCUCGAUGCCAUUGGCAUAACACCCAACGAAAAUGGCACCACGACUAUGGCUUCAGACAUCAAUGACACUGCGCAGUUCUGGAAUGAUCCUGAUGAUGACGGCAGCGGCCACGCCUCCCUGGAUUUUAAGGAGGAUGAUGAAUACGACAUGGACCUUAACUAA